AUGGAAAAUCCUUUAUUUUGUAAAAAAAAUAAGGAUACAAUCAGACGAUCCGGUAUUCUCAAGUCCGCUUCGUUUAUCCGAACUCGUGGGGAUCAGGAUGUCACAUUUCGAUGUCCUGUAACCUUUUCGAAAAAAUUCAUCAGACAAAUCAAUGAAGGAAUGAAUGUAUUGUGA